AUGGAAUCACAAGCUUCACAAGCUUCACAAGCGUGUCAAGCGAAAGCAUGUGCCAUACAAGAUUGUCUCCAGGGAAAUGGGUACAAUGAGGCAAAAUGUACGAAGUACAUCGACGACCUUUACCAGUGCUGCAAAAAUUUUUAUGAGGAAAAUGGUGUUGACGCCAAAAGCGUAUGCUGUCCAAAAUUCAAAUUACUACAAUUAAAGCUCAAGCAAAGAUCGCUAGGUCAAAUAGAUGCAACCUUACUAGAAAAUAAACGACAUUGA